AUGAAGUUGGCUCUUUUUCUCGCGGUUUUCCUUCCUCUGGCAAUGUCAUCUCCACAGAAAAAGGCAUUAAACCCAUUUCUGAACAGUACUUUGAACAUUUUCAAAGUCAACGAGCUAAAACUCCUGGUCACAGAUUUAGUAAAACAGCUCGGUUCUGACGAGAGGGAGGCAGAAUGUGAGACGGAAUGUAACACGCUUUUUAACACACAAUUCUCUACUGGAUCUAUCGACUCCAUUUCUCACAGCGCUUGUCCUGUUGCAUGUCAUUCCUUACAGGAGUUAGUCCACUAUUUUAAAAUUCCUGUACCUUCGACAACAAGUUCACCAGUUCUCUAA